AUGGAGGAAAUUCCAAAUAAAUUUCAUUAUUACUACUUUCAAGCAGAUAAAGAACUUUCAAGGCAUCCUCUGUUGAUAAAAGUUGAAGAACUUACUAAAAUUCCAAAAACUUAUCUUGUUGGUGGCGCUGUCAGUCUCGCAUUUCUUUUGAUAUUUUUUAACAUUCUUGGGGAAUUACUUUCUGAUAUUGUCGGUUGGCUUUAUCCAGCAUAUGCCUCGUUUCAAGCUAUUGAAGGCAAAACAGACAAAGCUCAAUGGUUAACAUAUUGGUAA